GAGAAAUUAACUUCCUUGUUCAGGUUGUUAAACUUUUGAAGGAAUGGCCUCUUGUUCAUCGUGUUCCCAUGUUUGUCAAUCCUGGUCUGCGUGUAGUGUAACUUGCGGAAAUGGGACACGGACAAGGACGAAUAACCGUGGAUGUAUGGACAAGGAUAUAUGUUCCCAACCAAUUUGUCAAGAAACAAGCACAAUGACGACACAAGGGAUAACGCGAGAAGCAGCCAACACAAACAGCACUGUAGCUCCAACGCCUUUUGCCACAUCAAAUGCAACAGCGCGUCGUAAUAUCACAGAAGCAAGCACAAUGACGACACAAGGGAUAACGCGAGAAGCAGCUAACACAAACAGCACUGUAGCUCCAACUUCUUUCGCUACAUCAAAUGCAACAGGGCGUAAAAAUAUCACAGCCAGUGACACCGGAAAUGACCUAUUACCUGUGAAGGUCGCUGUACCAGUCGGCGUGUGUCUUUUUGUUGCAGUCGUCUUUACAGUUUUCCUUCUUAAACGACGAAGCAAACGGCAGUCUGCAAAAAAUGGUGAAAAUGUCGAUGUCCCAACCCAACUCACCGAUAUUCCGGAUUGCGGCACUAGUACAGAGAAGGAUGCGUCAAACAUCAUCGAUUCUGACACGGACAGAUCUUCAACAUAUGAUAUCAACCCUUUAUACGACUCUUCAAACACUGAGCAUUACUAUAAUCAUGUGAGGAGGAAUGAAACAGACAUAUUUCCGGAAUACACUAGCGUUAUUAAACGCAAACAUGAGCAUAUUGAAUCGAGCAAUCAGUAUGAUUACACAACGUUUAACGGUGCAGUGGGAAAUGAUAAAACCAAGGAAGAUUUGCAAUAAUCUUCAUCUUUGACAAGAGGGUAUUUCUGAAAGUAGUUGUAUAUUCUUAGACAUUACUUUUGAUGAAUAAGUUUGGAUUAAGAUAUAUCUUAACUGUAAUAAUAAACCCAUUGGAGAGAUUUGAACUUUGC